UAGCCUCUCACUUGGUCGGCGACGUUCGGUAUGCCCGGUUCGGUUCUCCUCUUGAUCCGAUCUCGAUCCGUUCGAUUUUGUGCCACGAUCGUUCGAUAGCCUUUCCAGCCGAUCGAACGAAGGUCGCUCGUUGAAAUUCGGCCCCUGGUACCGUGCAAAAUGUGCGACGACACGCGACGACCCCUCGGUUAGACCGGUGUGCUAAACUGACAGUGAAGUUGUUCCGUGCGAAUCGGCCAGCUCCAUUUGACCCGACAGUGCAUGGCUGAUUUCAAGUUUGUUUCUAUCGUUGGUGCCAUGAUCAUUUGGAUACCAUUGUGAAUGGAUUAGAUAGCUACCGCGUGGUCACGGUACGAGGAUGAACAAUUACGAAGAUCGCAGAAGGCCGCGGACAGGUGCUUCUUCGAAGCCGAGGACUACGUUCGUCGUAGGAAAUGACCAUGACGAGCGUGGCUGUCGCCCCGGGUAGCCUCGGUGCACCUUCAUCUAUGCUCACCCCGAAGAUGUAUCAUUUACAGCAGGGGUUAAAUUCAACAUCGGCCUCACCCACUCCAGGAAAGAAUUACGACACACUGAGCAAAGGAAAAAAGUCGUGGAGUGUGAGAUUGGGUCUAUCGAGGCAGAAUCAGAGCACCGAUGAUCCCGGAAAAGGGUGGGGAACGAUAAGCGGCGGUAGCGGGAUAUCCCGUCAAAUGAUCUAUGGUGAUCCAUGGCUGUACGGUACGGUUCGAUCUUCGAGGGCUGGUCACGAGCCACCACCACGAUUCAUGACACCACCACCACCGCCGCCACCGGGAGCACCAGUACUGGUAGUAUGUUCCUGUCCAGAAUUUCUCAGUGGAACGACCAGGAAGUUCGGCAAUUGCCGCAAGUGCGGUGGUCACCGAUUGGCUGGUGUACCUUUAGGAGGAACAUGUCGACUUCCGUCGGUUUCCUCGAGAUCCAGGCCCAGCCUCGCGGGGGUGUUGAAGUCAUCGAUAGACGAUCCCUACGACCAGAUGCGUCGGAACCGUCUGAUGGAGCCGAGGACCCGAGCCCGCAGUAUUUCCCCGCACCGGCCAUUGUCUCAACGGGAUUCUCGGAGUCAGAGCGUGGCAAGGAACACGAAGGAGCGGAAAAGCUCGAUCGAGGGUACCUGCUCGAGGUCCGAAUGGUUCGACAAAGAGGCGAGCUACGAGGAAACGGCGCGAAAGUCACGAGCGAGCUUCACUGGUGCAUCCACCGGCGACGAUUGGCUAGAGGAGGCACCUUCUUCGGAGCAAUCGCGGGGUCAAUCGACUUCAACGACGCCGGGCAGACUGGUGCGGAUACCGAAAAAGAUCAAGGGCAGAGAUUGGACGGAUCGUGGGCUGGUGAAAUCAACGGAGGUAAAAAGUAACCAGGACGAGGUAUGGAAGGAAAGACCGUCGAGUGCCGGUGAUUCGAGAAGAAGCAUCCUCGAGUGCGAUGUGAAUCCGUAUCUUCUCUUGAAGAAGCACAAGGACGAGGACGAUUUAAGCGACGAUCUGUCGGACAACGCUCUCGAACAGGAGGACAGCAGGCCGCUUUCGAGUCUCUUCGAUUCGUCGAAGGUGAAAUCGAUCGAGAGGAUACCGAACAGGAGCGCGGUGGCGGCGAUCGGCGGCCAACGAAUCAGGGUGUUCAACGAGCCACGGGAGAUCUCGGACGACGAGGAGAUCCCGCCGGUUACCAGGAUACCCAUACCAAAGGUUUCACCGAAACGGCCGCCGAGACGGUUGAAGGAAGCCAAACAAACGUUGAAGAGCAUUCUGAAGCGGGGGAAGGUGGUCGAAACUAGAAGGAAGAACGUCCUGUUCAACGUCGACAACGUUAUAUUCGCUCCGGAGAAGCCGUCCGAAGUGACCCGACUAUCUUGGAGCAGAAUCGGCAGGAUCUGUGCUUCUGGUAGAGAACAAAGAGACGAUGAAGAGUCAGGAGAUGAGGAGGAAGACGAUGAAGAGGAGGAGGAGGAGGAGGAGCCAAUAAGUUUGCACGAUCAAAGGGAAAGGUACAAUUUUAUUACUAUUCCGAAUAUCAGGGAUCCAAAGGAGGACAGGGUACGAUUGAAGGAGCCCAGAAUCUCGCAGGAUGUGUGCCAAAACCCCGUUAACGUUGACGGGAUUAAGGUAGAUCAAUUUGUACCUUCCGGCAAUGCGGAACGUGCUUUCUCGAAGAAAAAGAAAGAGAACGUACAGUCGUCGCGGCAUAACGAGGAUACUUCGAGAAAUUUUGGUGAUCAAAGUGUUCAUUCGUUGAGACAAGAGAAUACGAAGGAAGAAGUUGAAGAAAGGAAAAGGAUAACGGAAGAAGAACAAGGGAAUAAAAUGGAAGAGGAUACUGAGGUGCAGAUUAAGAUCGAGGAACAUGAAGAUCGUUUUCCUAGAAUUGCUGUUGACGAGAAGGAUUUGAUAUUGAAAUCUGAGGUUCCAGAGAACUCCAAAAGAUCAUCACUAUCGCGCAGCCAAAGCGAGCGAUCAUCUAACAGACCAGAAGUAUCAGCUGGCGACGUGCUUUUCAUGGACACUAUGCGUAUCAGUCUCAGUAGAAAGCUCAAAGACACGCCAUCUUCCCUAAAUUCCAGCGAACAAACCCUUCAACGAGAAGAUUCGAUCGAAUCCACGAAAGAAACCAUAGAAAAUCCAAACCCUAACGACUCGACAGAAACAGAACAUCAGCAAGAUGUGUCAAUAGCGAAAGAACCUGAAGAAGUGCCUCAAGAUAGAAUACAAACUACUAUUAAAACAGAACUAGAAUUAUUAACAGAGUCUUCUAAUAGUUAUGAAAGAAAUAAUGACCAUUUUCGAGGGAUGAGACCAACCAGCUGGUCUCCUCCCCCUGGAAAACCUAAGCACCGUUACAGAAUCAGUGAUCCAGGUGUUAAAACCAAAUUUUCUGAACAAUUUGAAUCAAAUGCAGGGUUAAAAACCAGCUGGAGAACAUCGAGUUGCUACAAUUCUUCUAAAGUCGAAAUUGGCACCCCAACGACAGAGAACAACGUAUACAAGAUUACAGUGAGCCCUCGAGCUUCUCCUCUGGUCCAUCGAUUACAGAUUGGUCCAGGGACCAAUGAAUCAAGAAGAACAUCUAUUUUGAUCAAUGGCGACGCCACAGCACCCACUGCUGAAACCACACCCGACAACAAAGUGACCAUCAGUGUGGGAGGCGAAGACAGUGUCUACAACCCUACAGUGAUCUCAGUGAAUUCGGAGAAUCUUCCUAGAAUAAAGACUUCUGGUGAGAAUCGCACGCUAGUUAUCCUGGAGAAUUAUAAAUCGAACAUCGUGGUGGAGAGUGGCAAAGAGGAUCCCAAGUCGAAACUGAAGACGAGAUCGGAGUCUGAUGAAGAGGAUGUUUCUGGGAAGAAUAAGGAAGCUGGAGAGAAAUCUGCAGAGAGGUCUGAAAUGAAAGCGUCUAAUACAGAGAAGAGUGCAAAGUUCUAUGUGACGAAUGAUCAGAAGAGUGAUCAGAAAAAUCCAGAAAAGACGAAACUGUCAAAAGAAGCACUGAUCUCCAAGUUGUUGGAGGAUUCUCUGAGAAAAGCGCGGGAAAACGGAGAGAUCUUGAACGAGGACAGUGGCGAGGCGAUCCUGAAGAUUCUUAAGCAGAGUUUACUGAAGAGCAAGGAAUACGAGAGCUCUGAAUCGACUCUUGAGGCGAAUUACUCGAGAGCGUCCAGCUUGAAUUCCGAGGGUGACUUCAUCUCGACGAAUCUGUUUCUCGAGGAGAAUCCUUACGAGGUAAUCAAGGAACCCAUUUAUGAAGAGAUCCCUGACGAGCCUCCUCCUCUUCCACUCAGCCCACCACCCACGGAGGAUUACAUCAAGGAUAGAAUAUACUUCGGUGAUGUGGAUUACUAUAGGAAGAACAAUACCGAACAGUUUCUUGACACCUAUCUGACGGACAAUGUCUUCAAGAAGACCAAUCCUGAAGAUAUUACCGAGAACUAUUUGUCGAAGAGCCCUGAGGAUUUCUUCAAGAAAAUGUCCACUUCGCCGGAGGAAGAGAAUAUUUCCAGUAAAUUUGAGUUACUUAAUUUUCUGAUGGACUCGAAAGAUCGAGCGAUAUCGGUUGAAGAGGAGGAGGACGAUGAUGAAGAGGAUGAGGAAGAUACAGAGGGUGACCUUGAAGCUUUGUAUGAGCAAAAGGAGACUAGUCUUGGGGACCUCAGCUCAAAAAGCUCGCAGAUAUCUAAUGUUUCUGAUAGCAGCGAAGAAUGCAAUAUUAUAUUGACUAGUUCCUCGGAAACAUCAAAGGCCAGGGCUGUAGAUAUAGAAAGAACUGAUAGCGGAGUUGGAUCAGAAAGUAGUCAAGCUAGCAGCACUCGAGGCGUGCCAAGACGUUGGAGAACAGGAAAUGUCUCUUCGGGACCAGGAAGUCUCCUCAGUGGAAUCCCACAAGUGAUUUCCGGUGAUUCAAAGCUCUGCGAGGAUUGCGAACAACGUUUGGAUCCUUUAAUAACUGACAGUGGUGUGGUGUACGCCCCCUUCGUGUGCAGAAAAUGUUCCAAAAAAAGAGUAGAACGUAAAGAAAUCAUUACAGAAAUUGUAGAGACUGAAUUGAAGUACGGGAGAGAUUUACAAAUCAUUCUGGAAGAAUUUCAUCGACCUAUGUUGAGGGCUGGCCUUCUUACUUCUGAUCAACUUACAGCAAUUUUUCUAAAUGUGGAAGAACUUCUUGAGCACAACCUUGUACUUGCAGAGAAAUUGAAAGAUGCCGUGGAAUUUGCUCAGGAGUCAGGGGACGAAGAUCUUCUGACGGUAGACGUGGGAAAAAUCUUUUUGGAGUCUGAGCGGAUGCUCCACGCUUUCGAAAGCUACUGUACUCGUCAAGGAAGCGCAAGUUUAUUGUUGCAAAAUUUAGAAAAAGAGAAAGAGUUGUUACGAAUCUUUUUGAGAGUUUCCCAAAUGGAGAACACGGUUUUACGUAGGAUGAAUUUGAAUUCUUUUCUUAUGGUUCCAGUUCAAAGAGUAACAAAAUAUCCUCUCCUGUUGGCUCGGUUAUUGAAAGCUACGCCAUCUGUAAGACCAGAUAUUCAAGAAGCUAAAGAAAAACUAAAACAGGCUCAAGCUAAUAUAGAAUUGCAUUUGGAACACAUGAACGCUGAAGCAAAAGAUGUGACAUCAACGAAGCUCUGGAGAAGAAUUUCAAUUAUACAGAAUGGUAGACGGCCCAUUGGUGAACAAGACAUGGUGAACAUAAAGUUGAGGAAGAUGGCUGUGGAAGUGUUAGAAUGGGCUCACGAAGAAGCUAAAUUCGUUUUGGAAGGACGACUUUUAGUUGCUCAACCAACAGAUAACAAUUGGAGACGCGGGCGAACCGUCAAGCUUGCUCCUGUUACUGCCAUGCUGGUUACUAAUGGCAAGCCAAAUGGAGAGGAUCUUGAAUUCAACGACGACUCUCUUUUCCCAAGACAAAUAGGUAUCAAAGAAGCUACCCUCUUGUUGGUAAAAGAAAAACUUGGUCGUUAUUCUUUACUGCGGGAACCGUUGUAUCUUGAUAAAUGUAUAGUAUGCUGUGAAACAGAUCUUGAGGAUUAUUUUGAAAUUCAAGAAUUAUCGUCUAAAGAAACUUUUAUAUUUAAGGCUGAAGAUGGAGCCAGAACAAAAAGAUGGUGUAGAACGUUACAGGCCCACGCGCAGUCUCUCGGUGCAUGGCGCAAACGUCGUGGAGCAUUGCCAAAUAUCAUGAUAUGCGGUGUCGCGAGAAAUUAAUAAAGAAUCCGAAUUACAUGUAAAAAUCAAACCUAUAUUACAUUUACAGCUAUUAUUUAAAGGUUACGAUGAUUCCUAAAGUGAUCAAACAUCCGUACGAUCUCCAGAUGACUUAACGAGGAGAAUGUGUUGGACCAAAGGAUUUCCUCUGCUCAUUGAAGACACAUGUCAAUGAGUAACACGAAAGUCUAGUUCUCACCGCACGCUUAAAUGCGUUCGGUUACAGUACGUUGCAGAAACUUAAGUUUCCUACGUCGCUGUAGUCAAUACGUUGUAUAGCGUCAAAACGCAUUAAGCUACUUUCUUUACUUUUUCUUUCUUUCCUGAUUUACAACUGCGCACAAACACCAGACCGAGUUAAUUAGCUACAUGGUAGAACUGUUUAAUUGUAAUUUACAUUGAAACCGAAAGAGCAGAGUAGCUGUGAUACUGACCGGUGUACUGGGUACUUUCACGUAUCGCAAUGUCAAAUUUUGCGAUUUCUUUCCUAUGUAAGUACUUAAUGAAUGGCACUUAAAUUUUGCGAGAACAUCGAUAAUAGUGCAUAUAAUAUUUAAAAAAAAAAUGAA